AUGACUGGCCAGGGCAGAGGCAUCCAUCCAUCUAGCAGCCUCCAGGGAGGAUUGCUUAAGGAAGACCUAAAAGAGCAGAUGAUCCAGGGAGCUGAGGUGAUGAAGACAGCGGCCCUCUUCUUUCACUCUCAAGAUCUGAAGGCGUGCUCGCAGGAGGAGCGUCAGCUGGUGCCGUUCGCUGGCUAA